CCCGCCCUUCAAAUCACUAACAUGGCCGUCACCAGGGAGUGAGUCCAAGUAUUUUGAGGCGAAUAUUAUUGUUUUUUCUUAAACAUUCUUGAUGAUUGACAGUGAAACUGCUGGAGGUUGAUAUUGCAAAUCUAUAACAUCCCUUUGAAUGUAAGAGAAGCCCCACCCUCCCACUGACUUCAGCUCCCUGGACAUCAUCAGCUACAGCACUGACUGCCUCAUCUAAGACUGGCAGUGCCCGAAGGUGCAGCGACUUGGGGCUGGGGGCCACAGUUGCCUUCCUCUGCCAGCAGGACUGGGAUUGGGACAAGCGUUGACCGUGACAUCCAGCUCUGUGCAUCUCAACAGAGUAUGGUGUGAGACCGUGGUUGCCAUGGAACUACAGGAUAAGAAACAGGAGGAGGAGGCGACUCCACUGGGACUGUCCACAGCUCAGGCUCUGUGCACCCUACGGAACCAGCUGUCCAAUUUACUGGGACAACACCAGAAAUUCGGCCAGCGCAGAUUCACCAUACGGGAACUAUGGGCUAAGAGCUUCCUACACCAUGACAACCGGCACUCAUGUUUCCAUUGGCCGGGAGCUGUUCUCACACUUGUGGUGGUGGUUGGACUUUUGUGUUGUCAUGGCAGCCAGCCGAAGGGCAGUCAGGGCAUAGAGCUGGUGAACGCGGGUGCACUUUUCCUCCUGCUGCUGUCAAACCUCUUCCUCAUUGGGCGGCAGCAGAGGCUACGGACGAGUGAGAUGGUGCGGAGGCUCAAAUCCAUCAUCUCGCAGCUAAAUGAUUAUUUGGAGAGAAGUGCAGGACAUCCAGUCAGAUGGGCCCCCUCAUUGUACCCGGAUCUCUACACUCCCACCUCCCCUUCAUGGUCACUGCACUGGACAUACAGAGAUGAGCAACUGGUCAAUCUACCUGUUAGUCUGCUGGUGGAGGGUGAUGUCAUUGCUCUUAGACCAGGCCAGGAAGCCUUUGCAUCUCUCAGAGGAAUCAAGGACGAUGAACACAUUGUGCUAGAACCAGGAGACCUUUUUCCACCCUUCUCCCCUACCCCAUCCCCACGCGGGAAUGAAAGGAGGGGCCCCCACAGUCCUCAACAGUACCGCCUCUUCAGGGUGGUGCGCACACCUAUACUCGACAGUGUCAGGAACAGUCUUGACCUGGCUCUCUCUCGCCCAAUCACAGCUCUUGAUAAUGAACGGUUCACAGUGCAGUCCAUUAUUUCCAAAUUUGCCUGCCCUGCUGUUUUUGUGGCCUUUUUGUCCAUUAACACGAUUCGUUACUUCUGUGACACUCCCGGUCUCACCCCUGGACCCUUCAACUUCCUUCAGUUGCAGAUGAUGGGUGUAUUGCCUAUUUUACCUCUACUAUUUCCUGUCAUGUGGGUUCUGGUUAAUGCGUAUGGAGAGGCACGCGUGUUUGCUGAGUCCAGCCGGAACUCUCCCACUGGCCUGCUUGCUAAGUUCUCUGAGGACACUCUAAGCAGCUACACGGAAGUGGUGUCCUCCCAGGAAAUGCUAUGCUGUGUGUGGAGACACCUGGUCAAUGUGUUGAAAGGACAGUCCCAGACCCUCUGUUAUACCUCCAGUCUGCUGCAUUCAUUGGGCUCAGUCACUGUGCUGUGCUGUGUGGAUAAGCAGGGCAUUCUUUCCUGGCCCAACCCCAGUCCUGAGACCGUACUGUUCUUCAGUGGACGAGUAGAACCUCCUCAUGACAGCCAAGAAGACCUCAGAGAUGACUUGUCAGUAAACUCCCUCUGCCGGACAGAGGGCGACGAGGAACGAGAUGAGCCUCAGGAAGGCGAGGCUCUGCUGUGUUUACCUGCAUUUGAACCCUCACUCCAUAUAGCUGAGCAGGAGCCAAGUGAGACAUCACUUGACACCGCCCGUUCUUCAGACACACAACACCCACGGCGAGGGCCUCAAACCACCCGCGCCAAACACCCGUCUGGCUCCAAUGUCAGCUUCAGCCAUGACACAGAAGGUGGAGUAGAUGACAUUGUGCAGCCAUGCAGUCUAGUUGAUGAUCUGUGUGAAGCAGAAGAUUUUGUGUGUGACUAUCAUCUGGAGAUGUUGAGCCUGUCCCAGGAUCAGCAAAACCCUGUCAGCAUCCAAUUUGAUGACUCUGGCUGGCAGAAUCAUCUGCCCUCUCUGAAGCCUCUCGGCCUGAACAUCCUGCUCAACCUCUGCAAUGCCACAGUCACCCAGCAGCUCUGCAGAUUCUCUGACCACCUUUCCAAUCUGGCACUGCAGGAAUGCCACGGGGCCGUUCUGCCUGUACACGUUCCCUGGGGCCUUUGCGAGCUCUCUCGCCUUAUAGGUUUUACUCCAGGAGCAAGGGAACUGUUUAAGCAUGAAAAUCAUCUGAGUCUGUACCAGCUCCCUUCCGGAGAGAAGGCCAAAGAAUCUGCUCCACGACGCCUCCAUCACUUCACCAAACGCCAGCCGCCCAUCAAUCACCUCAUCAGCCUGUUCGUCAGGGACAGCACUACCAAUAAUGUGCAGAUGCUCUCCCAUGGCUCGGCCGACCUCAUCCUGGAAGCCUGCACCGAUUUCUGGGAUGGGGCAGACAUCUAUCCGCUGUCUGGAUCUGACAGGAAAAAGGUUCUAGAUUUCUACCAACGUGCCUGUCUGGCAGGAUAUUGUUCUGCAUUUGCCUAUAAGCCUAUGCAGGUGGCAUUGUCCAGCCAGCUCAAUGGCAAGUGUGUGGAGUUGGCUCCGGGCCCAACGCUCUUCUCAGGGGUGGAGCUCCCUAACACGAUUCCCAUCAAGCACGGCAGCCGCAGGAACAGCUGGAGCUCUGAUGAGGGUAUUGGAGAAGGUUUGGAUAAGGAGGACUGUGUUCAGGCUCUGAGUGGGCAGAUCUUCAUGGGGAUGGUGUCGUCCCAGUUCCAGGCCCGACUGGACACAGUGCGGCUCAUUGAGAACCUGGUGGUAGCCUGCAUCCGCUUUGUAUACUUCUCCAUGGAGGACGAGCUACGCAGCAAAGUGUUUGCAGAGAAGAUGGGUUUAGAGACAGGCUGGAACUGUCACAUCUCUCUGACCCCAAACGGAGAUAGUCACUGUGAUGGUGCUCCCUCAAGCCCUAGCCAGGCAGGAUCUCUACAUGAUGACCUUCUGCAGGAUUCUCGUGAUGAUGCAGAAGGCCCUCUACUGCCAGAGGAUCAAUCAGAUCUUGCCAGCUUCCAGCCUACUGACAGUGAUGUGCCCAGUUUCCUAGAAGACUGCAACAGAGCCAAACUGCCUCGUGGUAUCCACCAAGUUCGUCCUCAUUUAAAGAACAUAGACAAUGUGCCUCUACUGGUUCCCCUGUUCACAGACUGCACCCCUGAAACAAUGUGUGAAAUGAUGAAGAUCAUGCAGGAGAACAGAGAAGUGACAUGCUGUUUAGGGAGCUCUGCAAAUUUCCGCAACAGCUGCCUGUUCCUGCAGAGUGACAUCAGUAUCUCUCUGGAUCCUCUGUACCCAUCGCGGUGCUCGUGGGAGACUUUUGGGUACGCUGCAGGCUGUGGACUGAAUAGAGACUGUGAUGAACUCUCUCCACUGGGGCUCAGUGCUCACCUCAAUAGUCUCGCCUGCUCGCUGUCCUUCCAUCAGGGGGAGAGUGUCAGCGUGGUCAAACUCAUAGAGCAGGCAAGACACACUACCUAUGGCAUUCGCAAGUGCUUCCUCUUCCUACUGCAGUGUCAACUGACCCUGGUUAUUAUUCAGUUCAUGGCCUGCCUUAUUCAACUGCCCCCUCCCAUGAACAUCUCAGAUAUUCUGUGGCUGUCCUGCUUCUGUUACCCACUGCUAAGUGUGUCCUUCCUGGGUAAACCUCCUGAUAGCUCUGUGAUGACAGUCGCUACUGGAAAGAAUCUCAGCUCCAUACCACGCAAGACUCAGCAGUACUUCCUGGGUUGGUUCCUGUUGAAGUUUGGUCUAACUGUGUUGGCCUACUUAGUCGGCUUUGGGUUUUCUCUACAGGAAGUGUGUAGAGUAGCUAACCUCACAGAAACUGAAAACAACAGCACCAUCACCUGCUCCCAUAUAUUCACUUCUAGCUCCCAGGAUGCCCUUCAGUGGUUUGGUGAAUUGUCCAAUGGGCUGCUUCUGAUUCAGAAGGUCAUGGCAGGUUUCUUGGCUUUGCACACAGUGGUCAUCUCUCUGAGCUAUGUACACCGUUCCCAGUCCUUGUGGAAAAAGAACCCAUUCAGUAACACAUGGUGGUGCCUCACAGUACCUGUGGUAUUGUUGGGGCAGGUAGUGCAAGCGGUGGUAGAUUAUUAUUUAUGGCAGGACAGGAGCACAAAGGUGGUCUUUACACUAGCUCACAUUCCGUUGGAGGUCUGGCUGUUGGUGUCUCUGUCAAUUGUAUUUGUGGUGCUAAUCAACGAAGCAGUAAAACUGAAUGAAAUCAGGGUACGAGUGCGUUACCAGAAGAGGCAAAAGCUUCAGUUUGAGACCAAGCUGGGAAUGAACUCUCCCUUCUGAGCUGCGUCUAUCCAGAGACUGCAUGUCAUGUUCAUUUCCAUGGUGGAGAAGUUGAAUCUAGAAUCAUUUGGAUUCCUCUGAGCUAAGCUCUUCCUGCCACACCUCCGAUGGGUUUAACCCUAUUUCUGCCAAAAAGGCCACUUAGGGCUGCGAUUUCAGUCAGCAAAAUCCUGAAAUCUCUUUGAUUUAUGCUUUACUCAAAGUAAAGAUUUGAUCUUUGUUGUUUGAGGGAUGUUUACCUGCAUGCUGCUUUGGUAAUUUAUUAGAGGGAUUUUUUUUUUUUCUGAGGACAUUCCUUUAUCCUCUUCAAAACUUCAUAACUGUAGUGCAUGAUAUAGCUUUUAUAUGCCAAAACAUACAACGGAGGGCUAAAUUAGCAUGAUUUAUUUUUCCUCUUUUUUUAUUUUAUAAUAACAUUUUAUUAGCAGUCGCGAAAUGGAGAUUUUAUUGAUUUACUUUCCGUUCGGUCAAGUGUAUAAAGUAGACAAGAUAAUUGAUUGCUCACAAAUUGGGCUUUUACUGUAUUUUUUUUGCUGUAUUCAUAUUUUGUUCUGUGUAACAUCCUGCUGAGAGGUUGCAUACUUUUAAUUUACCAUCUACCACAUGAAGAGCUUGUUGGAGCCUGUUUUUAACAGGUUAUAAUGUGAAUGUCACUUACCUCAUACUCAAGAGAAUACAGGGGAAAUAUUUUGUGUGCUUUUAUUUUGUGGUUUUUACCCUUUAAGAGUGUACGAGUACGCUAAUUAGUUUUUUCCCGCAGAAUAUAUAUCAGCCAGAACAACUUGGCUGAGAAUUAUAGCCUCCACUAACAAAUGGAGUCCGUGUGAGACUGUGUGAAUCCUUUAUUUACAGACUGAAUGGUGUCAGAAUUCCUAAUGUCAGUCAUAUUUAUUUUCCUCAUACAAAUCAAUGUCAGAGGCCUAUCAGUAAACCCAAACUCAGCCUGAUAUAAAUUAUUUAUAAAUAGCUGGAAUCUUUUGGACAGUUUUGAUCUUAGUUGUGAUUUCUAUUUUCUUACCUCAAUUAGGUUUUUACUAGAUAUUGAAAACUCUGAGCCCUUAAAGGUAUAGUUCACCCAAAAUAGAUAAUUCUCUCAUCAUUUACUCAUCCUUAUGCCGUUCAAACUCGUAUGACUUUGUUUUUUUUUUAAUAAAAGAUUUAAGGUGUUUUUGUCCAUACAAUGCAAGUCAAUGGGGUUUUAAACUUUAGAGAUGGCAUGAUUUAUAGUGAAAAGGGAGUACGAUUGUGGAUCAUAUAACUUCAGAAGACAUGGAUUAAACCACUGAAGUCUUUUUGCUGCCUCUGUUUUAUUGUUUGUUUUUGUUUUUUUAAGCUUGAAAUUGUUGGACCCCAUUGACUUGUAUUGUAUGGAUGAAAACACCUCAUCUUUGUUUGUGUUCCACAGCAGAAGAAAAAAGUAAAUGAGUUGAAGACUGCAUAAAAUUUAGUAAAUUAUGAGAGAUUUUUGAGUGAACUAAGAAUUAAAACGAAGCAAUAGUAAAAAUAAAUAAACAAAUCCAGCUAAAGAUUGUUCUGACUCUAAUUGUUCUCGCAAUUUACAUUUGCAAGCAGGUGUUUGAGAAUUUUUCUAAUUCUGAAACUGUACGCUGGAUGGGGUCUGGUUUAUUUUAUUGUUUUUUCUUUUUUACAUUUUUGUUGUUUCUCUAUCCAGAAUGUUCAGUGUUUACUGGUAAAGAGGGAUUUUAAACUUUUUAUUCAGUUCUACCUCUAGCUGAUUGCCUAAUAAUUCUACUAAAUGUCAUGAUUUGAAUAGGUUUAACUGUUUUAAUUAAUCCAGUUGGGCUGCAGCUAUGGAAUGUAAGGGGCUCAUUCACCGUGUUACCAGAUGUCCUGAUUCAAGAUCACACUGCAGAUGUAUUUUCUGACAGUGAUCAGCUAAUCUCCAAAUUACCAGCACUUCUUCUUUCACAAUACUAGUGCAAGUACUCUUGGAAGGAACAUAGAGCCUAUUUGCACCUUAACCCCCUUUGACUAUCCAAUAAAAAAAAAAAAAGAGUAAGAAAAUUGCUGCCAAACCCUGAAUGAGUGGCAGAUUUUUAAAACUGAUGUUGGCAGGCAUCUCCUUUUCAUUGUAGUGGGUAUUUUUGAGGAGCCGGCCUUUCCCAUGUAUGAUAUGAGUCACAAUCUAUCCCUUUUUCUACUUUAUGUACCGAAAGAUGUCUUAACCUAUUCUUUCUCUGCCUUUUUGUUCCUGUGUCAUUACAUACUGUAACAGCAUCUAGUUUGUUGAUAUUUAUUUUGAAAAAAUUAUUACGGCACAAGUCUGUACAUCUUAACAGCCUUUUCUAUAAUGCUGUCUACAUCCAGAGAUUGUCAUAGGCACUGAAUGUUCAUCCGUGUAUAUAAUUACAUAUACAUUAUUGCAUUUAAUCUGUUUUCAGUGUUCCCUAUUUAAUUUUUUCACAGUUCUACUUUACUGCUCAUUCAACUUGAAGGCAGUUCUUAUGACGUGUUUAGAGGCUACACUGGCCUAUUAAUAUAGCUGUGGUUACCACUGCUGUGUAAGUAAACUGUUGCACUUGUGUAUAUGGUUGAGUGACAAUAAAGUGAGUUGAUUUGAAACUGCUCUAAUUCAGACAUAUCAAUGCAAUCAAAUGGUAGUCCAUAGAGGGAGUUCUGCUAUUGUUUUUUUAUUAUUAUUAUUUAUUAACUUUUUUAAUUGGUGCUGAAUUAGUGGCAGAACAACAUUUACAAUUAAGAAAAUUGUAAAAUGACAUAUCAACAUAAUAGAGGGAGAACUUUGCUUUUAACUAGCACUGAUCUAUUGCACAAAUUACAAUAAAAGGAACAUGUUAAUGAGGUAUAUGAAGUUGAGAGCAUCGUUUUUGUACAGUGAGCCUUUUUUAUGAUUUUCUCUCUACAUUCAUAUUUCCUGAUGUGUUUGCAUGAUGAAGACCACAGGAACGCAAUGUGUGUACAUGUUUCUUGAAUUGUUUAAUCAUCUAUUGAAUACGUUAACUCAGUCAUGCAUGGAUUAAAAGUGUGCUGAUGCUUUUCUGUCAGUCAAAAAAAGGCUGUAACCACAUCUUUUAAACCAGGCAUGUGAAUCUGGCCUGUUUUUGGCUAUGUUGAAUAUGAACCUGUACUGAUUGACUAAAUAUACAAAUAUUUGCUAUUUAUGGAUGUUCUUAAGAUUUUUAAAUGUUGUACAGUUUGUAUUUUUUUAAGAUGUAUUCAUCAUUGCUUUCCUUCCCCUUGGUUAUUUGUGAACCAAUAAUGUUAUGUUAAUAAACAUGUCCAUUUCAA